AUGGAGGAUUAUUCCAGUACUAAAUUGAAAGCUAAAUACUUAAAAUACUAUUAUGGGGUAGCUACUUUGGAUCUGGUUGGAGAGGGACUAUCCAGGGUACCUGAUGCAGUCAUUGAACUGAGUGAAGUGCAGGAACUUAGUCUUCGGAAAAAUAAACUGACUAAGUUGCCAACAAGUAUUAACAAGCUGAACAGGCUUCAAUGGCUGAACUUGGAUGGAAACAAUCUUACUGAAUUACCUGCUGAGAUUGGUGACCUAAAGGAGCUGAAGGAGCUCAGAGUGAGUAACAACCAGUUGGUUGGUUUACCUACCAGUAUUCAAAAGCUGAACAGGCUUUCACAGCUUUACUUGGAAGGAAACAAUCUUACUGAAUUACCUGCUGAGAUUGGUGACCUAAAGGAGCUGAGUUGGCUGAGUGUGACUAACAACCAGUUGGUUGGUUUACCUACCAGUAUUCAAAAGCUGAACAGGCUUAGCAGGCUGUACUUGGAUGGAAACAAUCUUACUGAAUUACCUGCUGAGAUUGGUGACCUAAAGGAGCUGUUGCAGCUGAGUGUGAGUGGUAACCCUUUAACUGUUGAUGCUAUAAAGUUUGCUCUAAAGUUGGAGAAAAGAGGACUGUACACUGAUAUUGCAGGUGAGGACAAAUAAAGGCUAAGUUAAAUUGAACCCUUAUUACAGUAAUAACAAAUGAACUGCUAAAAAUCUUCCUCACAAACAUAAAUCAAGAUUGAAACAUCUAAAUAACGACAGGAGACCCAAGGAACCACAGGAGACCCAACGAUUAGUGUGCUGCUCGACUUAGGGCUCGCAGCAAUUUUAGCGAUCACAGACAGUACACGCGUCGUCCAAUUUAGUUAGAUGUAGUAUGGAGUUUCAACUCAAACAAGUAUGUUCUCUAAGGAAAAAGACCACAGAAUCUUUUUAUUGUUUUUUGAAAACUUUACUUUGACCACAAGAAGUGAUAUUUUAUUUCAUCUAUUUAAUCUUGAAAAAUAUUUGAUUCACGCGCCAUUUUGACUGACUGCUGUGAUCUAAGACCGAAAACAAGGAAUAUCAGUAAGUUCGCACCCUAGUGAAUUAGGCCAAUACAAGUUCGCCCCCUACUUUCUGAGUUCACCACGCAUUGGUAUACUCCAAAUUUGAGUUAAAUCACCCACUUACAGCAGACAUUUAUUUCAAUCAUACCUGUGAAUUGGAUUGGGUUAUUGGAGAGAAGGUAAUGGUAGGUCGGUGGCAAUUGGUGUCUCGAAAUCUAAGACCUAAAAGACCUUGAAAAAAACCUCUAUGAAAACAGAAUCUCCUUACAAGUUGCUUAAUCAAAGAGUAAAGUAAAAUACCGGUAGAGUCAAACUCACUGGCUUGAAAAAACAUGUUAAGUGGCACGGGACAAGGAACAAUUAUUGAGUCGCCGUCAUGACAUGAAUGAAAAUUCAAUGAAACAUUUACAACUGCAAGUUGCCGCCAAGUUGAGAUUGAUUUGUUGGAAGCUAACGAAUAUAUAGCUUCGCAAAGUCGCUAAAUUUUACCGACGUAAAACACUUUGUCUCACUAACUGCUGGUUUCCUUUAAUUUCCUUCCAUUUUGAAACUUCGAUCUUAAAUAAAGUAGUUUUCCAGGUCUGAUAGUUCUGUGAUUUUCAUGAAAAGGCCCUUUGAGAGAGUUCACCUUUCACCGUAACCAAGAAACAAUCAACUUAAUUCCUGCUGACAAAAAUAAACGUACGCCUGCAAUCAAUUGAAAGCUAGUAACUUUCAUACGUACACUAUUCUAUAAUUUUAUUUAUUUCUACAUUUUUUGCAUAUACGUACUUUUUUUGUAAUUAAUUUUCAAGUGCCUAUGUAAUUAAAGUAAUUUGUUUUAUUUUUUAUAUUUUAUAAGUUAUUUUUUUUAUCGUGCAUUUGAUUAUAUGUAAUCUACAUAGAAACAUUGAUGUGCACUAAAAUAUUGACUUUCAGAUAGGUUGCAGGUACCCACAUUAGCUACAAAAGGGUGCCAUUUCACAUUGGCGCCUGUGAUGUAGAUCUUCGGACGGUACGACGGGUAGACGUACCAUCACGUGACUACCAAAAUGUCUCCGUUAUAAUUCUCUGCAUGUAGCAGCUCUCUUAACCCUAAAAGCCAACUGGUUCGGUACCCUAACUGUGAAAUAAUGGGAAAUAAUGAUAAACAAUGAUCGAUGUGGUUUUGUUUUCGGCGACCAAUGAGGAAACACCUCACGAACAACUCCUACAUUUACUCACUGUUAAUAGUUUUAAUAUUGAAAAUCAGACAAUUAAGAAGAAAAAAGCAAGCACUAAAAAUCUUAAGACAAAAGUAUUUGUUCUCAUUGAAAACUAAAACAUUCAGACCAAAAGAUAACUGGCAGUUAAUAAUAAUUUUUUUUGAAAACCUCGAAUCAAAAUUAAACUGCACAAAGUUAGCUGCUUUAUGUUGCUUAUACUAAAGGCGACAAAUUACAUAUAAAUAAAACAAGAAAAAGCGAAGCAGCAUUUGUUAAUGCCCAUCCAUAUAAAUCAUAUGUUUAAUGUAAAUGAAAUCAUCCAACUUGAUAAAACAAAACGUAAACUACAUUAAUUUGGAAGAAGGAGAAAUCUAACACCAGAAAGCUCAGAAAAAAUUCCGAUCUCUAGCCUAGAAUCGAACUCACGACCCUCCAAAGGUAACGAUAACAGUUAAAAAGUACAGUAACUUUCAAUUCACUUACCUUCUAUGGUAAGAUUUCUUUAAUUACGUUAUUGAUUGUUAGCAUUAAUCUGAGUAGCAGCUGCUAGUAGUCGGUAAACACUGAAUUAUUUUAACAACAUUACUGUGGGUAAAAAGAUCAUCAAGACUAAACUUGUACAUUGCAGUGCGGACACUCAAACCGGGACACCUGGAAGAAGAUUUUCCAAUCACAAAGUUUUCUCAAAAUAAAAGAUUCUCAUGUGUUUUUGCAGACAGACCAAUAAAAUUCAAGUAUUCAACUAUGCAUCCGUUGAAAUUUUUAAAAGCGUUUGAACUGACCUGACCUCUUAGGAAACAGUCCUCAAAUUGAUGGAUGUUGGUGCAUGGCCCGUAUGAAAAAAAAUAUAUAUUGAGAAUCUUCUUUUCAGAAAACGUUGUGAACAAAGCAUGCGGAGUUGCAGUUGUAUUUGCCCUUGAAGGGUUUAGUGAGUUGUGAAACUGUGGCUCCAUGAUCUGCAGGUUACCCGUUGGUUCCAAUAAACAAAGACUGACGUGACAAGUCAAAAAAACAUUUACGAGGGUCAUGUCUGACACAUGAUUUAAAAAUUUUUUAUUCGUUGUAGCUCCCAAGGAAAUAGAAGCACGAGGACAAAGAGCGCGGCUUGUUUAUCAACGUGCUCUUAGAGAUGGAGCUGUUAGUGUUCAGCGUUCUCGGAUAUUGCUUAUUGGUCAGGAUAGGGCAGGAAAAACAAGCUUGAAAAAAUCUCUCAUCGGUCUGCCAUUUAAUCGUAACGAAAAUAGUACUGAAGGAAUUGAAGUGGAUCCGUCAAUCUUUCAAGUGGAUGCCGACGAAGUUAAGAACUGGCAACCCAUUGAUAAGAGUGAACGAGGGUUGUUGGGUUGUUCUAAAGAUGUGGCACAGAUGGUGGUGGAAAAGCUUUGGGUUCAGAAAGAGGAAGAAGAGGCAAAAAUACACGACAUUGACCAGCUUAAAAAUGAAAAUUACAGGAGUGGAACAAAGGCGGAUGAUGCUGAUGGUGGAAAGAGAGACGAUUCAUUUGUGAACCAGGUUUGUUUCCAGUUAAAUCUUGGCUUUUGUAUUGUACUUUAAUCAAGUAAUGCUUAUAGCAGAAAAAGGUGUCCCACUUACCCUCACGAAAAUGGGUUUAAAAUAGCACCACUCAAUUAAGUUAAGCCGUGGUCGGCAGGGUUCGAAACUGGAUGGCUAAAAUUAUAUUGGCCGCCGGAUGAAAAAAGAAGAUAAAAAUCAAACAGUUACCGCGGGUUCGCUGGCUUUAACGUCCGAAGUAAGAAGCCGAAACCAGUCUUUGAUCCAUCGAUGGGAAAAUUGCCAAGUUGAUUUUGGGUUGUCCUCGGUGUGACAUGAGUUCCAAGGAAGUUCCAGGGUCGAUUUUUGAGAAGAAAGCAAGGUUUCGACUGUAAAAAGCCGAACUGAAAGGCACCUCCUACAAGCAUAGCUGGUCGGCAGAAGCAAAUUCGUCUGCUAAGUGAGAAGCACGGAAAAAUUUUUAUUGAAUGUCUCGAUUUUCGUUCUCCUUCUAAAGCUAUAGUCUAAAUUGCCUCAAUUGUCUUUGUGAAAAAAACUUCUGCCGUCGAAAUUCAUCGCUUGAUGAUCGAUGUUAUUGCAGACCGCCAGCAAGAGAUACAAGGCAUUUACCGUAAAUGACCUAAUAAGCGCCCAGGGCGUCUAUCUAAGUUUAGGGGUCUAAGCGGGGACGUUUAAUAGAUAGGCUUCAGGCGUGUAUUCUUAAUCCUCAAAUCCCAACAUCGAUGUCGGAAUCCUCGCUCGGGGUUAUUAUGUUAUGCCUUCGCUAGUUUAUCCUUACUUUGAACUUGACAUUGAACAAGAUGAAAUACACAAAGCUUUGUUUAUUAUAAAAGCAAGGAGCUGAACGGAAUGAAAGAUUUUGCUCCCUUUUUCUUAAUCGUAGUAUUUGGUAGUAAUUCUCAUAGGGGGCGUCUUGAGAUUAAUUUUAACAGCGUAGAGGGGGCGUUUAUUAUAUAAGAGGCUUAAGAGGCGUUUUAUUUGGAAGUGGGUAUCUAUGAGGUCAUUUACGGUAGCCAAGUUAACAAUUAACAUUCUGCCUCGCCGUGCGAUCCGCGCACGAUGCCAAUGUAGACAAUUUUUUUUAUCCUUCGCUACGCGAGGAAUUAGCAGAUUAGGCAUGAUGUUAGAUAACAAUAAAAUGUUAUUGUUACUCAAUUUCAACGUUUCAAAUUAUAUUAUUUGCAUCAUUCAUUUAAUACCGUAAAUACAAAUCGGAAUAUAUUUGAAACCGCAUAUUAAUUAUUAUCAUCGUUUUUUUUUUGCACGAGUGGACUUUCCGUUCACAUGAAACCAAUGAACCCGCUCACCGAAACCGCAUCUUUUUUAAACUGCUCUUCCCAAUAUUUGUUUGCAGUGCACUAUGGGAAUAGCUUAGUUUAUGCCUUCGCCGAGAUUUCUAUCGAGCAAAAAAACACCCAAGACAUUUUUUAUACUUUGUACGCAAAUUUUUGUCCUCACCAAGCAUCAAACAGGUUUUUUCUGAAUAGAUGUGUGUGCAGGUUUGAAUCUGUUUGGUUGAUGCCCAUCUCCCCAAUGAUAAUGUCUAGAUGUUUGAGGUUAUCCACCCGUUUUUUCAAUUUUGGAUGAAUAGUUUACAGUCUUAUCAUGUUUCGCUAAAAUUCCUGAUACAGGUCCCCGAUCCAAAAGUAGAAAGUGUCAGUGAAGUGACAUCAGCAGAGCCUGAACAUGAGUUAAUGAUUGAUACUACUUCACCUCCAGACGAGAUCACAAAGCGCGCUGAAGAGUUGAUAAAGUAUGUAAAAGGUAAAAAACGAGUCACCGAAAAAUCUGUUGGUAGUAUUGAACUGUGGGAUUUUGCUGGACAACAGCUGUACUAUGCAUCUCAUCCUGUAUUUUUAACAUCACGUGCAAUAUAUAUCUUGGUGUGCAACCUCAGCAAAUCAUUGCAUGACACUGCCCAACCCUGUGUGAGACAAGGAAAUCAUAACUUCACGUUGGACAACCCAAACGGGGAAACAAAUUUGGAGAAUCUGCUGUCUUGGUUGUCCACAGUGCAUAGCAUCACACAGAUGAGAGGAGAAGUCUGUGAUGAUGCAGAGGGAAAGCUGCCUCAUCUGCGUCCCCCUGUGAUCAUUGUAGGCACCCAUGCUGACAAACCGUUUGAAGACAUUGCAACAAUGAAGACAAAAAUGCAGAAGGCAAUUGCUGGUAAGGACUAUGAAGGACAUGUGGUGCGGCCCAUCUUUAGCAUUGACAACACUGCAAAAUUAAUUCAGAGGAGGUUGGAAAAUGUUUUCAGAAAAGAUAAAAACAUUGAUGGCAUCCAAGAGCUAAGAGACAAAAUCAUGGAAGUGUUGAGGCAGGAGCCAUACAUAAGGGAAAGGAUACCUGUGAGGUAAAUAGAUUGAAUCAUUGAACACAGAUGUCUUUUGCUGAGAAUUUACGCGAUGAUUAAGGGUUGAGGUUUGGCAGCAUUAAAACUGCUAGUGGGCAUACAUAUACACCGUGGGGCUUUGGUCCAGUCCUCAUAGCAUUUUGCUUGCGCGCAUGUCCAAAGAAUUUUAAGUUUUACCGUAAAUAUUUGGCUACUUAGGGAUGUAAAAUCCUCGUAUAAGAUACCUAGAGGCUGCCCGCAUCGUAAGUCUUUCACGUAGGUUGAAGGGUAGUCUAACGAUAUUGUCAGUAAUAGGAAAAAACACGUAAACGCGUAAAACAAGCGAAAGAUACCAGAAAGAUUACGUGCGUCUCCCAAAAAAGUCUUUCCUCAAGCUUUCUAAUAUGAUAUGUAGGCCUUCUCUUUUAAGAUUUAAUUUAUUCCAAUGCAUUGGUUUACCCAAGAACAAAGGCAAAUAAAAUUUAAAACAAGGAUAAUUAAGGAUCAUAGAGUCUUUCCAGAACAUUUAAUAAGGUCUAUUUAAUAUAGUUGUUUUUGUGAAAUACCAUCAAAGUGGACAAAGUGAUCAGGGUAACAAGCAGCCUUUGACGCUCAAUAUUUUGGGGUGGGGAGGGGGGGGGGGGGGAUCUUUACUAUGGUGGAAAAUCUGGUGAGAAAACAUUUAAGGUCAUUUUAUAUUCCAAACGAAAGGAGGGAAAGUCGCUAAAAAAAAAAAAAUAAUAAUAAUUGUCAAGUUUUUCCUUGCUGUUAUAUGGGCGAGUUCUUCUUUUAUAAACCGUGGUGUCAUUUAUUUUUCGCGGUUCCAUUUUGAUCCCUUUUAACCUUUUUUAAUGAUGUAAUAGAAACAAGAAACCUCUUUUUCUCCUCCUUUAGCCCAUACACCCCCAGACUCACUGUUGUGACCAUUUAUACAGAUUGUAACCGCUUCAUUUAGUUUUAUAGCAAUAGUUAGUGCACAAUCUCUGUCCUCUGCACGAACCGUUCUUUUUUUUUUCGAGGGGAGGUUGGGGUGAAAUGGACUUGCUCUUUCUGGGAUUCCUUAGCUUCAAUUAUUUUUUUGACGGUACUUUUGGGACUUUUUAGUUUACAUUCGGGGUCCAUUACUUUUGGAAAUUUGCGGUUGGUGGCCACAAUUUAUUCAUUAAGCCCUAAUACCUAAUGGUUGCCAAUUAACACAGGAUUGGUAGAAUUUAUUUAGCUUCUGUGUUUAUGUUUACCUUCCUGUUUUACACUGCGUGCAAACUUCCGCUCAUGAAUCGCUUCAACUGUACUUACGAUGACACGAAUACUUUCAUUCAUCUUUUUAUAAUCUAGGUGGCUGAUCUUUGAGAAGGUCCUCAAUGCUUUGCUGUCCAAGAAAGUUUACCAUUUGAACUUGAGGGAACUUCAAACCUAUGUAAGGGAAAACUGCUUUAUAAAUGACGAGGAAGAGUUUACUACCAUGGUGGAUUUCUACCAUGACCUGGGGAUAAUUAUCAAGCAUUGCAGCACAGUCAUUGUGAGCGCUGAGUGGUUAAUAGACCUGUUCAAGCAGCUGAUAACCAUUCCACCAUUUGAUAAAACGGUAAGGUCCGAAAUACGUUCGUUAAGUGUUUUCGAACCAUUGCAGCAGCUUUCUCUUCUAGCUCUUUUUAUUUAUUUAUUUGACACACAGUAGUAAAAAUACAACAACAAAAAUGUAAGAUAGGUAGCAAAAGGGAAGUGGCGAGGAGGAGACCUAUUCGAGAUUAGGCCUCCUCGAACUACUGGCUUUAGUUGCUUACAUCAAUUCAAACAAAAGAUGGCGUACAGUCUAAUUAAAGUUCAAAAAUUAAUGUAACCUUUAAAAUGUUCUUAAAGGAAGAAAGGGAUCGAGAGUUAAUAACUUCGUUGUCAAGACAACUCAAAAACCUUGGGAUCUUAAAAAAAGGAAAUUUCUUAGUGUUUAGUGUUCGAGUCUGUCUAGGAAUUUGUAUAGUAUUGUUACAACAUUGGUAUUGAUAUUGUUUUAAGAAAAAUUGUUAUGUAACAUGAUUAUAUUGGUAACGAUGGCCAUUUAAUUCAGUAUAUUGCAUUCAACUUGCAAAACAACUUCUUAUUCAGUCCAGUGCUAAACCACGAAUACCGCGGAUAUUCGAGUUUAUCAAAAAUAAUGGCGUAAUCUACGGCGUCAACUGCUUUUGAGAGGUCAAGAAAAAAAAAGACAUCACCUGAAAAAACCUUAUAAUCACUCUACAUUUUAUUACUCAGGAACCCAAGGUUUCCAUCCUCUGGCAGGAAGUUAAAGAAAGUGGUGUGCUCAGCAUGCAGCUGCUUCAUCAUGUGUUUGCUAAGUUUCUUCUGAAGGGCGCUGCAAAGGAUGACAUUCUGGACCUGAUGGAACAAUUUGGUUUGAUUGCAAAGUUUUCACCUUCUAAAACUGAUGAAAAGUAUUUUGUGCCAUGCCAGCUCAGAAUGCCACCUGAUCCCAUUUGUGCCAUGGUACCCUCAAGCUCAGACCCUUGUCCUCUUUAUGUUUACUUUGUUACUGGUUCUGUCCCUCAUGGCCUGUUCACACGGCUUGUUUCUCGGCUUGUCAGGUGGUGUUCUGACGCUGGUCCAGCUCAGCCCCCUACCCUAUAUCAAAAUGGAGCAUGGUUCGUCAUUGGGAGGAAAAUUGUCCAUGAUUUAGUUUUUAUUUGUAAGAAGCAGUUCAUAAAGUUUUUCGUCAAGCAAAAAUCCCAACGUCAGAAGAUUUCAGUGGAGGACACAAAUGAGGUAGCGGUGCAGGUGCGCGAGUUUGUGGAGGUAACUCUACAAACUUUGUCUCAUGAUCUUCUGUAUUUGCGUGGAGUGCAGUUCGAGAUUCGGGUGGCCUGCCCAUACUGUCAGCUGGAAAAGUGCUCAGGUCAUAAUCUGAUGGGUUGUACUCAUGACGACUGUUUUCACCUCCUGGAGUUAAAACAAGGUGACCCACUGAUUUGUAAAAAGAAACCAUCAGAGGAGUUACUUAAGGUUAGGGGACAGGAAAAAUGGUUCUUACAGGUACCAAGUGAGGUACGUAGUAAUAAAAUUCAGUCUCUAGUAAAAUGCGCUUCAUUUGUAUAAACUAAAAUAGAAUCAUACUAUAGGGGAAGUUAGAUACCCUCAAGUAUUAUUUUAAUAAAUGUGUAGUCGUCUAUCAAUUUUUUAAGCUCCAACAUAAUCUUUUCAUGCAAGUUAUUAGAUUACAGGAUGAUGUAUAAUGUAUACCUCUUAUGUGGCCUAGAACAUGAAUCCUCGUAGUGUGGGAAAAAGAGGAAAGAGGAAAUGACUGGAAGGAAUAAAGUGAAAUUAAGUGAGUUAAUAACGUCAAUUGGCGCCUUAUAAGGACUCAAACCGGCUGAUACUAGAAGCUCUUAACAAUUGACAUUAUUAUUGACGAAUAAUAAUGAUAAUUAUUAAUGAUCCUCUCCUCUUGUGGGGUUAUUAAGGGAGUUAGCUAUUUACAAGCUUGACCGAGGAUUUGAGCUCGGGACUGCUAAGAACAAAUCCAGUAAGCGGUCAAGGCGGGACUUAAACUCGGAGCCUCCGAAUUACAUUCAACACCCUUUAUAGCGGACACUGUAGGGACCUCGAAUUCGUGUCCUGAUUAGCGAGAGUCCUUAAUAGCGGGAGUUUAUUUCAGUCAAACGUCUGUAAUUUGUUUUUGCCGGAGAUUUAGCUACUGUCCGUGUUAUCGGGGUGUCAGUUAUAGCGGGGGUGUCCGCAAGGCGAGAGUUGACUGUACAAGUCCAGCGCCCUAACCAAUCGAUCACGCCGCCUCCUUAAGAAUGGUUAGGUUUUAAACGUCAGCCUUUGAAUCUCUGUUUUAAACAGUGGAUGCGCAAAAGUUAGAUCUUUACAGUGUCUUCAAACAUGGGAAAUGAUAGUUUUAAUCGUUUUGUAUCGAGUUUUGUAAGUUUUAGCAUCAACGGUUUAAAAGAAAACGCCGAAAAUUUAAAUAACUACCCAAUUCUGAGAAGAAAAGUAGAGCUUUAUUUGUUUCUGUCAACUCACCGUGAAUGCGAAAGUUUUCUUUGUCGUUUCUUGCAAAUGCUGUCAACAGCGGCUACGAUCAAGAUGAGCGUCGUUUAUCUCCAAUGUUCUUUGCCUUGUUAACUUACUGGCACGUAAAAUUUUCGAAAAUAUUUGUCUUCCUCUUUUCUCCAUAAAUUAACUUCUAUUAAUAGGCAAAAUUGGUCUUGCGAGAAAAUCCCGAAAUCACAAAACAUGACAAAAGGACCUCGUUAUCCUCUCUAGUGGUAAACAUAGCUUCGAGUGUACAAAAAGUCAGUUAUAGUAAACCACUUCACAAUAAAUCACGCUGUUUAAACACCAUGAAGUCUUUUCUUGCCUUCAAAGUCAUCAGCACUUGGAUAUUCGUGUAUUUUCAAAAAGGCUUUACUAUGAAACUUUAGCAAAACACCCAGUUCACGACAGCGAUUUUGUUCUGCUUUGUAUUCACCGCCUAGCGCGGUGAAUAUUUAACAAUUAUUCCUCGAGCCCAAAUGGGCUCUGAGUUAAUAGCUACUCAGAGGGCAUGAGGGCGAGAGGAAUAAUUGUUUUACUAAAAUCCAACUAGUUGAUCAGAAAUAUAGAGAAUAAAGCACUUUAUCUAGUUAAAGCUAGACUUUAAUCCUUUUUUGCCGCCAAAAAGCCCGCGCUUUUCGCUGCUAGUGGGCUAUAACAUAUAGCCUAGUAGUAGCUCAACCAAUCAGAACGCAGCAUUGAUGAUAACCACUAGUUGGAUUUUACUAAAACGUCAUAGUCCGAGAUAGCUAACCAAUCAGAUUGCUUGAAUUACCAAGAUCACUGAGUGUGUUAAAUAGUCAAUUCUUCAAUGCGCGUUUUGUUUCCCUUACAGGAGGUGCAUACUCCAUCACCUGAUACUGCACAAACUCACCCAGGGCCUUCAAUCUUGAAAGUUGCUCUUCUGGCCAAUGAAUGGGGGUCAUCUAGGGGUGGCUUGUCAACAAUAAACAGAACACUUGCCAUACAUUUGGCAAAACACGCAAAAGUAGAAGUUACAAUUCUUGUACCUGAAUUUGAGUGUGACGAAAAAGACAAGAGAACUGCCAGAAGUUACAACAUUGCCAUUAAGGAAGUACAGCGUCGCCCUGCCGUCAGUGAUCCUCUUGACUGGUUGAGCUUUCCACCAAAAGACCUUGACAUUCAAGUUGUGAUUGGUCAUGGUGCAAAGCUCGGUAGACAAGCGCAAUUUAUCCGAGAGUCUCAUUGUUGCAAGUGGAUGCAGGUUGUGCACACUGAGCCUGAAGAGCUGGCAAUGCAUAAGAACUAUGCUAACGCCAUUGCCAAAGGGGAAGGAAAGAACAGAGCUGAAGUUGAAUUGUGCCAAAUUGCAGAUCUCGUUGUGACAGUUGGACCCAAGCUGAAGGAAGCUUUCGCAUCCAAACUUUGUUCAUCUCAUCGAGAUGUCUUUCAGUUGAUACCAGGUUCCUUUGUAGAGUUUUCAGAGACUCAACAUGCUAAACAAGAUAGAGCGACUUUUAAAGUGUUAACCUUUGGCCGCGGUGAUUUUGAAGACUUCAGUCUCAAAGGAUAUGACAUUGCUGCUAAAGCCAUUGUUGAACUGCAGGAUAGUUCUUACCGUCUUCUGUUUGUUGGUGCUCCUGAUGGAAAGCAGGAUGAAGUGGCAGAAAUCUUACUUCAGACUGGCAUUUCAAAGAACCAGCUGACUGUAAGGUCAUUUGUACAAAGCAAGGAAAGAUUGAAAGAGUUGUUUUGCGAAGUCGAUGUGGCCAUCAUGCCUUCAAGAACUGAAGGAUUUGGGUUGACAGCACUGGAAGCGAUGUCAGCUGGUCUUCCCAUUCUGGUUAGUGGAAACUCCGGAUUCGGAGAAACACUGCGUGUUCUUACUGAGGGCAAGUCGGUUGUGAUCGAUUCUGAUGACUCCAAGGAAUGGGCAAAGGCAAUUGGUGCUAUCCGUCAAAAACCUAGGAUACAACGGCUUGAGGAAAUCCGAAGAGUGCGAGAAGAUUAUGAAGAGAAGUUCAGUUGGAAACGACAGUGCCUGCUGCUUGUUGAAAAGAUGUGGAAGAUGGUUUAUGGUAAGUAA